AUGAAUAGCUGCAAGGACUACUCCAAACUACCUGUGGAAGAAGGUGGGCUCUCACCGGGCGAAAAGUUCUGGCGAAAACACUACGAAUGGCUCCAAAGCAAAGGCUACCAACUACGCCCUCGCUUUUCUCCAGAUUGGGUUCCUUCCUGGGUGUCGACGAAGAAGUAUUAUAUGUUCUGCGAGGACGGUCCUGCAUUGAUGCCCGGUCAGGUCAUCGACGCUAUCUACACCCCAGACGGUUCUUCUGUUGCCCUGAAGAGAACAGAUAAAUCAUACCAUCCCUACGAGGAAGAAAUCUUCCGAUAUCUAUCUUCUGAGCCACUCUCUUCUGACCCGCGCAACCACUGCGCCCCUCUAUUGGAUGUGCUAUACCCUCCCGAGGAUUCGAGAAACAUUAUCCUAGUUAUGCCAAUGCUGCGACGCUUCGAUUCCCCUCCCUUUGAUACCUUUGGCGAAGCCCUGGAAUGUUUUCGACAGCUAUUUGAGGGCCUACAAUUUAUGCACGAACACCAUGUAGCUCACCGUGAUAUAAAUGGGAAUAAUUUCAUGAUGCAUGGUGUUCAUCUCUUCCCCGAAAAGUAUCACUUCGUACAUGAUGUCCUCAAACCUGACCUGAGCGGGCGAGCUCCUCAUCUUACAAGAAGUGAACGGCCCACGAAGUACUAUAUCACGGAUUUUGGGAUAUCGAGUCGGUAUGAGUCCGACUCUCGGACAUCUGCUCUAGAACCUGUCAUCAUCGGGGGUGAUAAAUCCGUGCCAGAAUUCAAGGACAUCACAAUUCCUCAGAAUCCUUUCCGUACCGACGUCUACUACGCUGGCAACGUCAUAAGACAACACUUCAUCGAGGGCCACUCGAAACUUACCUGGAUACGGGGAUACUACGGGUUCGACUUCCUCAAACCUCUGAUCAACGAUAUGGUACAAGAAGACCCUGCGAAACGUCCGACUAUGGACGAGGUAGUGAAGCGUUUCGACGCCAUUGUGAAAGGACUCAGUGGAUGGAAACUCCGUUCGCGUGUUGUACCACGUCGCGGGAAUGUGAUCACCGAUGUUGGCCGGAGCAUCGCCCAUUGGCGAAGGAAGGUGCAAUUCAUACUUAAAGGGACCCCAGCAAUACCACGACCUUCUUAG